GCAAACGCCACAUCAAGCAGUUUGAUACGUUGCGUUUAAGUUGAAUCAAUUUUCAAAAAGUUAAGUUGGUUCAAUUGUUAAUGUUCAUUUUUAAACAAAAACAAAUAUCACAGAAGAAAUUAAUAUUUUUGUAAAUAAGCAGAGAAGACCUGAGCCAAAAUUACUAAGAUUUUAGAUUAUCACCGAAGAUAAGUUUAAACUUGCAUUCAUACGUGAGGAAAUAUUGUCAUUAAUCAAACAUGAUCGCAAUGUUAAUUAUCUGCAUGGUAGUUCCAAUGAUGAAUUGCCAAAAUUGUACAAUUAAAGAAGAUGACAUAUUGGAAAUUAGUAAAAUGCUUGAUGAAACUGUUAUCAUGAGAGAUUUCAAUGAAGCAAUUUGCAUAGGCUCUGCAAGAUCUGGAAAAAGUGCAUUAAUUAAUUAUUUAAUUGGCAAUAAACUGAUGGUUAAAAAACAAAGAUAUAAUACUAUUCUAGUAAAAGCAGACGAAAAUUCCUUAGGACCAGAAAUUGGUUCUACAUCAGUAUCAAAAACUUUGCAUCCCACAAAAUGGACUUCAAGGAAAUUAUCUAAUUUGACUAUUUGGGACACUCCCGGAUUUGAAGACAACAGAGGAGAAAUUCAAGACAUAAUAAAUGCUUUUUGUAUUUAUAGUUUGGUGAAGAAUAUUAAAUCUGUCAAAUUUAUUGCAGUUAUCAGCUUUGAUGUAAUUAACGAUGAUUAUACAAAACCAUUUACAACAUUUUUAAAUAAUCUUGAAGAAUUAUUUGGAGAAAUGUUUGAAAAUGUUUUUGAUAGCAUAACAAUAAUUUUUUCAAAAGUACCUUUUCGUUUGUUUGACCAACAAGUGGACAAUGAGUUCAUAAAUAAUAGGCUAAGGAGAUAUUCUUCUUCAACAGAAAUACAAAUAGAUACUGUUUCAAGAAAAUUUUUAAAGUAUAUAGUAAAUAAUCGUAAUCAUGUUGGUAUUUUCAGGAAAGUGAAUGAUAAUAAUGAUAUUUUACAUAUCGAUGAUAAUAUUUUCCAGUCUAUUGAAAACUCUUAUUUCACAUCGACAAAUUCUCUCAACGAUUUACAUCCAGUUAUUUCAAAAACAUCAAAAAUUUGCUUACACAAAAUCCGAGAUAAUUUUCUGAAACCAGAUAUUCUAACUAAAUUAGAGAUCGUUGUGUUAUCAGUUUGCAGUGAAAAAAUAAAAAAUUUAAAUGAUUCUAGCAUGUUUGUAGAUGAAAAAACAGUAAUGGGAAUUAGAAACAAAUUAAUUGCAAUUGAACAAGUGUUGCUUGACGCUGUAUCAAAUACAACAAUAUAUGAGAAAAAGAUACAACUUAUUGAAACAAUUGAUGUUAGGAUAAAGGUUGUAAUUGAGGAGAAUAAUUUAUUGAAUUAUUAUAAACUCAAUAGAUUUACUGAUUAUUGUUUAAAUGAAAACCUGGGCAAAACAAUUAAACAUAAUCUUGAAAAAUUGUUACACAAUUUAAUUUUCCAAAUAAAACAAUCAAUUGAAGUGACUUUUAAUAGCACUAACGAUAAUAUACAUGAAAAACAUAAAAAGAAAAUGGAAAAUAUGAACAAACAGUUCCAACCAGUAAUUUUGUUUUUAAGGUCUGCAUUGAAUAAUGCAAAAGGAAAAUCUGAAUUGAGUAGUGAAGAAGGAUGCUAACUAAACAACAUUUUUGAAAGAUUCUUUGGUAUAAGUUGUCAAAGGCUUCUCCCACACUUAUAUGUUGAUGGAAGUAAUAAGUUAUGAAAUUUAGUGAGGGCAUCCGGGAAAUAAUAAUGGUUUCGUGAGCGACGUCUCAUUUAAAAAGAAAAGAAUAUUUUGAGUCGGAAUCCGCGCUGCUCUCGGAAUUUAAGAAAAUUUCGAUAAAUAAUUAUUGAAAGAAAUUGUAAGGGCAUCCGGGAAAAAUCGAGCCCAAAAAGUGUUUUCCCGCGUGUCGUCUCACUCCUAAAUAAUGAGAGAUAUUUAGUUCGGAUUUAUCAUGAUAAUUAGGGGAAUUCAUGAUGAUAAAGAAUAUUCUCGAAAUUUGCAAGUAAUUUUUGAAAUAAAUAUUGAAAAACGAAAUUACAAAAGUUGGAUUUUUGGCGAAAGUGAGAGGCAAUAUGGCGGCGAGCACACAGACAAGUGGAUCUAUGUGUCAGUGGUCAAGGAGGUGGCGCAAAUUCUCGGAAGUGGUCGCGACUCGAACUGAGGAAAUGUAUUAAUCUUAAAUUACUCCACUUUCAAUCGUUAAUAAAAUAAUUUCCUCGCAAAAUUAUUGCAAAAACGGAGAGGGCCGCUCCUCGGAGAGUCUUCCUCUAUCACCCCUCCAAAUAUGAACCCGAAAUAUUUUAUCCUCUCAAAAUGAGACGUCUAUACUGAACCGUUCAAAACCCCCUUUUUCCGUAUAUUUAAACAAUUUUUUUCAAUAAUUAUUCAUGAAAAUUUCUCUAAAUUCUGAGAGGACCGCUGGUCCCAGAGCAUUUCUCUAUAUUUACCAAAAAAUCCCGACUCAAAAUAUUCUUUUCUUUUUAAAUGAGACGUCUAUCACGUUUGGUAUUGACGUCUCAUUUUGAGAGGAUAAAAUAUUUCGGGUUCAUAUUUGCAGGACGAUUUUUCCCGGAUGCCCUUAAUACCUAUAUAUAAUAUUAAAUAUGUUGAUAUCAUUUUAUCGAUUUAAAACUUGUGUUUCAUUUUCAAGUUUAACAAAUUUUUUUGCUCUUUUUGAAUUGAGAAUUCUAAGUAGGUUUUGGUAAGUUAGAAAUAUAUCCUUUCAUAGUUUUGUUAAUGUUGAUAAUAUAUAUGAUCUUGGGAAGGUAAGAUUUGAAUUUCAUUCAAAUCUUACGUAAGUAGGUUUUGUAUUCAAAUGAAAUAAAUUUUUUUUUCCUUAAAAAUUCAUUAAUAUGUUAGAAAUAUAUAUAUAGAAAUACUAUACCAAAUCAAUGUAACAUGAUGUUAUUAUUUAUACCUAAU